UCCAUAUUGGGACGGAAGCUGGCAGACCUGUGACAUUCACCGUUCGCAUGUCUAAGUUAACUAUUUAAAUAUCUAAAAAUGAACAUUAUACUGUCGUCUUUUUCCCGACUGCGUGGAAUAACACAUUUCACCAGCAUCCCUGCAAGGAACCUCGCUGUAACAGGCACCUCUCACCUUAGAUUAUUCAGCAACUGGAUUGUGCCAAGAGCAGCUGCAGGACCUCAGAUUUCCAGAUGUGGGCCGCUUUCUUCACAAGCUGAAGGUUCAGGAGUGUUUCAGCAGCUUCCGUGGCAAUACCAGCAGGUCCGGACACGGAAAAGAGGCUGUGAGUAUCAGCCCAAGAACAUCAAACGCAAGAGGACCCACGGCUGGAUCAAGAGGAUCAGCUCACGAGGCGGCAUCGAGGUGCUUUUGCGGCGCAUGUUUAAGGGACGAAAAUCACUCUCACACUGAAGAUUCCUAUUGGAAAGCUUGCACGACUUUCAGGAAGCAGACAUUGGAUCCAAAAUGCUGGUAGUGCGCAGCAAAGAACUUGUGUAUUGGGUUAACUGGUGAGACUGGGUGUGGGUUGGGUUUGGCAUUUCCUCUGCAUUAAUAAUGGGUGGGAGAUUUAAAACUGACCUUUCGACAGACAUGCUGCAUUUGCCUCAGGCAAAAAGAAGCCUGGUAGUUUUACCAAGUUAUGUUUGAUCCAUAAUGUUUUCACUAAAUAUUGAUUAUUGUAUUAUUUUCUUUUUUCCUUGAGUGAAAUUCAUUUGGUUCAAAGACAAAAUGUGUCUUUAAUAAUCGGUGUCAUCUUUAAAUGAAAACACAAACUAUGGUUGACUGAAAUAAAAACAAUUCCUGCAGAA